CGGAAGACGAUUUUGUGCAUGACGUCACCAGCAGGAGUCGUAAAUGUUUUCCGACAGAACAAACAAUAUUGUCUAAUGUUUUCGAUAGAGAAGUCAGGACAAGGACAUAUCUACAUGGUUGAAACUAUCAGGGUUGUGUAGAACAUUUCAUUUCAGCUUACUUCCUUCCUUCACCCUCAGUUUCCCACGAUUCUUCCAUCAUGAACGGCUUGUCUCUCAGUGAGCUUUGUUGUCUUUUCUGUUGUCCGCCAUGUCCAUCCCGAAUUGCAGCUAAACUGGCAUUCCUUCCUCCGGAACCGACUUAUUCCUUGGUUUCCGACGAAGCAGGGUCCAGAUACAGCCUACAUCUCAAGGAUCGGGCGGAAUGGCAGUAUACACAGAGAGAACUAGACUGCAUUGAAGUCUUCAUGACACGAACCGCAAGAGGAAACCAAAUCUCAUGUAUGUUCGCUAGAUGUUCACCGAACGCACGCUUCACCAUUCUGUUCAGCCAUGGAAAUGCUGUUGAUCUUGGACAGAUGAGUAGCUUUUACAUUGGACUUGGCUCAAGAAUCAAUUGCAAUAUAUUCAGCUUUGACUAUUCUGGCUAUGGUGUAAGCUCAGGAAAACCUUCAGAAAAAAAUCUCUAUGCAGACAUAGAUGCAGCUUGGCAGGCACUGCGGACAAGAUAUGGAAUAAAUCCCCAGAAUGUAAUCCUGUAUGGCCAGAGUAUAGGAACUGUACCAACAGUCGACCUAGCUUCCAGAUAUGAAGUUGGUGCUGUCGUCCUUCACUCACCCCUGAUGUCUGGUAUGAGGGUUGCUUUCCCAGAAACCAAGAGGACCUGGUUCUUUGAUGCCUUCCCAAGCAUUGAUAAAGUUCCUAAAAUCACGUCCCCUGUGCUGGUGAUUCAUGGGACAGAAGAUGAAGUGAUAGACUUUUCUCAUGGACUUGCAAUUUAUGAGCGAUGUCCUCGCACAGUUGAACCGCUGUGGGUAGAGGGUGCUGGACACAAUGAUGUGGAACUUUAUGGACAGUAUUUAGAGCGUUUAAAACAGUUCAUCAACGUAGAGCUGGCUAUCAAUUGACUAGAGGAGGGCAUUGAGGGAGCAACGGAAACUGAGAAUGAUGUGGAGACACCCAACGAAGAACCUGAGGCAGUCUCUGACACUCAGACUCAACUAACAACUGAAGAAGUAGAGUUGAAAAACAACUCUGAUGUUGAACGGGUUGUCUGACAAUACAGGGACUUAGGGACAUAGUCCUGUCCAUGACAGGUUCUCAUGUACACGGGUCGUGCUCCACGCAUCCGCUACAGUGAGUGAUCUGACUCAGGAGACUGACGCUUUUCACUUCAUUCGAACUGUUAACUAUGGUGUUUUGUCUAAUACACAAGGAUAACUUUCCUAGUAAAUGUUUGAAUCCUUUCAACUUCAGGCUGUUUGUAAAUUCCUGAGAUUACUAUUAACUGCAGCAGUUCUUGAUGUCAUUUGAAAAAUUACUUAUGUUUAAUGUCAGUUUCUGUGUUUAAAUGUUAAAAAUUUCUGGAUACUGCUGGAGUGCCCUGAGACUUUGGAAUCUGUAAAGUUUCAAAAUUCUGUUGUUCUGAUGUUGAAAGUUUUGGGGGGUCCAAGUGAUGUGAAUGUUCUACCACAACAAUCCACAUACACAACUGGAUGUAUCACCCUCCCCUUGUGUAGCAUGGACUUCCCUACCAGUUUCCCCCUCUUUGCCCACAGGAAGAAUACAGUCAACAUGAUUGUAUAGAAAUAGCAAAUGGUUCAUUUGCUUGUGUACAGUCUGUAAUAUAUAUAUAAUGUUGUGAUCACUGUUAUGUAUGUGAGCAGAUAUGCCAAAAUUUAGAAUGGUGAAACAUAAUUUUUCAUCUCUUUUGUUGAAACAUUUAACUAUUAAUGGUCUUUGGGGAAUCAGACUAGCCUGAGGAGGGCUAGAAUGUCAUCAGUAUCUUCAUUAGGAAAUAUACAUGUUAGAGUAUGAUUUUGUAUGUGGUUAUUGUGAGAAGAUAUAAUGUCAUGUUUGGUUUUCAUUUCAGGUUAAUAUUUAAGUGGCAUGUUAAAGUAAUGUUUUUGUAUGUACCUAAAGUUAGCCCAAUACCUAAUUUGUUCAUUAUUGAGGAUGCAUACAAUAGUCAUGCUGAGUCUCCUGUGUCAGGCUAGGAACUUCUUAAAUUAUAUGAAAAUAUUCCACUAGCACACACUGCUGAACAAUUAUGAUCAAUACCCACCUGUAUCUGUAUAAGGACCAAACUUUAUAUGCAUGACAUAUGACCAGUGUUAUCACAUGGGCUGCUAGAACUAGUUUUGUCUGUCAUUCAAAUAGCUAUACCACAAGCUCACUCUUCAAUACACUUCUGUCAUAGCUAAUGUUGCAUACUGUAUUUCAUACCCUUCAGACUACGUACAAGUGUGACUUAGAUGCCUUGAAUUCACUUGCAAAAUAUUUGUGUCAUUUUUACUUUCUGAAGGACAUUGUCUCAGUUGAUGAACUUUCUCUUUAUGUAAUUACUGCUUUAGCUUGUUUAUCAGAAAGCUUGAAAAGCAAUGAUUUAGAAAAUGUGUCUGUUCAACAGAAUCAGAAUUAGUGUAUUUGUCGCUGUAAACAUGAUAAAGGACAAAUAUAGUUUAGGUACCACUUUCUUGUAUACAAGGGUUCAUGAAUACGAUAUACCACCUUGCAGACACCAGUGUACAACACGUACAGUAAUAUACUUGUACUUGUAGGAUAGUACGAAGGCAGUAUGUGUAAGAGGAUUUAAACGUUCCAUGGUCAUGAGAAGAAGGCUGUAAAUGUUGGGAUGCUCGAGAUGGUCAUCUUCAAUGUCAACUCUCUUCCACCUGUCAUUGAUCUGUAGAACAAGUGUUACAGUAGUACUAAUCAUGUUAAUACUGUUCAUUGUGCAUUUUUUUCCUUCAUCUUCACAAAAGCAUAAAGGUUAUGAAAUCUGUUUUGGGUUACACAUACGCAGUACAUCUUCAAGGCAUUUGUAGGUGAAGUGUAGGGAAUGUAAUAGACUGGGUGUCAUAGAAUUAUCAGUGCUAAGUAUCAUAAGUUUUUCAUGUAGAUAUCUGCCAGCAUGUUUUAUUUUAUUGUUGGGUAAUAAUUUGUCAUAUUAAUUAUGAAUAUCCAAGGCAAUGGUAAAGAAGAACUCUCAAUUUUUGGUCUCCUCCCUAUAAUAGGUUGACCAGCAAUGUUCUGCUCCAUGACUCAAUCCCCAACAGUGCUUGAUUGUACUGAGACAUGACAGGAACACCCAGUGAACAACUGGUGAAAGCUUGUGAUAUAUAUUUUGAACAAAAUAUCGCCAACUGUGUACUUACUAUGUUGAUGAAGUACUUUUUGUUUUAUAUGACAUGUCAUGUCUUUUCAGUCUUUGUUAUUAUUGUCAUCUAUCUAGCAUGUCUGUAGUAUUUUAAUUCAGACUUUGCCUGUCUUCAUUUUACUUGACCUAGGAGUGAUGAUGUUAUGAUAUGGCCUUAACAGUGACAGUCAGCACAGGGACUACUAACUCACCAGGGUGACAAGAUGGGGCAACCCAGAAACUAAACAUUGAUGAAUAGGUAGGCCAGUGUGAUGGACAGUAUGUCUCAAGGUUGUAUUUCCCAGUUGUCAAAGGUACCAACAUUUCUUAUCCCAGAUUUGGCCUGAAUAUUAUCCCAGCCAUGAGUGUAAUUGGUAAGCUACAGUCAUGAAAAAAUCAUGCACAUUUGAACAUCUGUUUGCAGUGUUUGAAAUUAGUGCUAGUGCCAAAGUCCUUCCCCAAACUCCCCAGUAUUUCAGGGAUCGUAUGGACUAGUAGAAACUUGCUCUUUCUAAGGAUUUUGCUAGAUGUUAUCAUUAUGAGGACGAGUGGACUGAAAACUGGUUGUCUCUUUGCUGUUGGAGUUGUAUAUAUCAGGAAUAGAUGUGGUCACAGGGUUGCCUUAAGAUUGGGCUUGUGUCAGUGUGUUGAGGUUGGUGUACGCCUGCGUCCACCCCCACAUCCACCUCUACUGCAGUAGUCACCUGCGUUCCCACACUUCCCCUUCCACUGUAGAAGUGACUGUGCUGACUUCCCGUGGGUCUCGGUAUUGAUGACUGUCCUGGUUUGUGUUACAAUGUCCACAGUGCUUUUGACUGAUGUGAUAUAAAUCUGAAAUAAAACUCUUUGAAAAAUAUGUACGUGAUGAAACCACAGGACUUGAGUGCUGUUCAUGUCUAUGUGCAUGUGUCAUGAUGAUAGAGAGUUCAGUGAUAAGGACAAUUUUCAAGAGUGCUUUUCAUUAGUGCUGUUCACCACUCACAUUAUCCAGGGAUAGUUGAAGCAGUUAUGGUGAAUAUUCUUCAAAAUUCUGUUUUCAAUAGCUUUUCAUUUGCAUACUAUAUACAUAUUUCUAGUAUAUACUGGUUAUACUCGAGGUGAAGCUGUCAAAGUAUAUACCUCAACCUACUUGUUGACCUCAGUGAACAAGUCAUGGAGAGAAAACUGAAAAAUGUGUUUCGUACAACCCAAGGUCAUUUAAGGAGUUACAUCCUCAAACAUGGUUACCCAAUGGUUCGAGUGUUGAAAGAAACAAUCUCUCUCCAUGAAUUGAAUCUCGGCUGUCCCUUAUUCUGUUCUAGCUCAUACUCAGUCUUUUACAUUUGUGUCUCUUGUGAAUUUUCCAAAUUUGACCCAGGUUUGAAGUACUUUCCAACAAUGUUCAGUUGAUUAAACACUGUCUUAAAAUCUAGGAAUAUUGUAUGAUUGCAUCAGUAGCAGUUGCUUGUGUACAGUUGCUAAUACUGGAAGAUUAUCAUAUGUAAAUUUUGUUUACACAAGCUUGAUGUAGAAAAAUAUAUAUAUGUGUCAAUUUCAUUCAUUCUUAAUGUAGCCUGGAAAGGUCUUGUGUUUGAAAGCUGUCUGCUUAUAUUUGCCAUCUCUCCAAAUCUGUUCGCUACAACAUUCAUACCUGUUAGCAGAAAACGUGAUCAUAGAAUGACCAGCUUACCUUUCACUUAUCUCCAAGGCUAUGAAAAUGGAAUAGCAGGUACUGAAUCACUAUGACAACAUUGGCUUGUACAUCAGGCACACUUUGAAUCAUCAUAACUUUAUAGUCAGUAAAUAAUACUUGUAGAUAUAGGAUGUCCGUGACAAUUCAUGUACAUAUCAAUGCUCUUUAUGUCUCAGAUUUAUAGAUGUACUUAAUUGAUUGAAAGAUGGAUAACAGAAUUUGUUCUGAGUAGAUAUUCUGGUAUUCUUGUGUGAAAGAUAUUGAUAACAAUUCUCUUUAUCAACAUUUUAAAACUCCAGUUUUUAAUUGAUAUGAUUACGUUAACUAAAAUUAUUUCAGUACUGAGGAUUUACAUUCUUUCCUGCCAAGUCAGCAAUAAUAGAAAUUUAUGAGACAUCUCUCAGACAUGCCAUGAUAUGUGUAAAUUUUGCUGUACAAAUGUUUGCAUCUGUAUAACCAUGGUAACGUGUAUAUUGUGUCCCUGCCUUAUGUAUUGUGAAGAUCGUGUAAGAUAAUCUGUAUUCAACACUGAGGUGUGGGGUAUUAUUUUUGUCCUGAACCCGACACACACUGUGGUACUGAAUCACAGAAAAACAAUGUCACUACAUAUUAUUAAACAGCCUUUAUUCUUCA